AUGGCCGUGGAGGCGGUUCUUGAAGCGGCAACGAUGAUACCGUCGCCGCCGAGCAAGGAGAUGGAGGCGUCUAGUAGUACCAGCGAGGAGGCGUCGGCGUUGUUGGGGCAGGCGGAGGGGUGGUCGAAGCGGAAGCGGUCGAGGCGGCAGCGCGCGCUCGACCCCAGCGAGGAGGAGUACCUCGCGCUCUGCCUCCUCAUGCUGGCGCACGGCCACCGCGACAGCGCCCCUGCUGCCGCGCCAGAGCAGCAGCACGGGUGCUCCGUCUGUGGCAAGGUGUUCGCGUCCUACCAGGCGCUCGGCGGCCACAAGGCCAGCCACCGGAAGCCUACAGCGGCGCCGGCUGGCGCAGAGGACCAGAAACCGCUGGCGGCGGUGGCGGCAGCUUCCUCGUCGGGGUCCGGCGAGGCCGCGGUCAGCGCCGGAGGCGGCAAGGUGCACGAGUGCAACGUGUGCAGGAAGACGUUCCCGACUGGGCAGGCGCUGGGCGGACACAAGCGGUGCCACUACGACGGCACCAUCGGCAGCGCCGCCGCAGGGCCCACGCAGAAGCUGGCCGCCAAGGCGGCCGCGGCAAGCGCGACGGCGGCGAGCCAGGGCUUCGACCUGAAUCUGCCGGCGCUGCCGGACAUCCCGGAGCGGUGCGCGGUCACGGAAGAUGGGGAGGAGGUUCUCAGCCCCGCUUCCUUCAAGAAGCCGAGGCUCAUGCUCGCGGCGUAA